CGUCGGUUUAGCCAAAAUUUCAUCAGUUAAUGUAAUUGAUUUUAUAAAAUGUUAUAGCAAGAUUUAUCACCUUAUAUGUUGACGUGGAGAAGAAAAGAUGGAAAUGAAAGAGGUUGAAGAAACAGAAGAAUUUGUAACCAUAGCAACCAAAGCUGUCCAGUCACAUGAAAAACUUCAUCUGCAUUUGAAAAGAAACAGAUUGAAAAAUGGACCUAAAGAUGUUCUAAUGAAAUCCAUUCAGACCCUGGAUAAUUUGAGAGAAAUCAAAGCGACAGCAGACGGUUCCAUAGCUGGAUUUGAGACUCCACAGAUCCAAGAUGGCUGCCUUGUUGAACUAAAACAAUUAACCUUGAUGCAUAUUCCAUCAUCUGUUACUGACGAAACUAAGACAAAAUUCCAGAAACUGAUAUUUGAAACUUUUAAAGGCAGUUGUAAGAAAAUUCUUUGUGCUGUACUGGUUACCUGCCCUUGGUAUGAAAUGACACAGAAAGAGCGAGGGGAACAGGCACGACAUAACACAGUCUAUGUUAUCUAUAUGUCAGAUGACAAGCAAUCCAUGGCUCCUGUCAAUCAACAUGUUCUUGAUGAAGCUUUUGUAUCUGAUCAGGGUUACUUGUAUUCAGAGGAGCUGUACCAUUUUGUAUAUUUCUUAGCUAAGGGUAAAACUAAAUGUUUAGAAGUUUUGUAUUGUUCUGAAUCAGCUGUCCUGUAUGAAGAUGAAGCCUGGGUCAAGUUGAAGAAUAAUCUACAACAUAAUAUGGCUAUGGGUGUUAGAGGAUUUGUGGAGGCAUGUAAAGGACAGUCUGUUGCUGGUAUUGGGAAAAAAGGAAAAGAUGGGAAAUUUAAAGUUAAAGAUACUACAACUUGUCAGCAGUUCUGUGAUAGUUUUAGAUUAAUGCAGCAUCUACAGAAUUUACUAGAUAAGUUACCUCCCUUUACAUCCUCAUCCUCAGAAGAUCUGAUACCAGAAAAAGGAAAGAAAGGAUUGGAACUACUCAAGUUAUUGUAUCAAAACACAGAUGUUUCCAAGAAGGAUAUUUUUGAAGUAUUGACUUCAUGGAGAGAUGAUGUUAUGACACAAAUAAAUGAAAUAAAGUUUACAAACGGACAGGAAUUUGAAAGUAUUGUGGGUAAAUGGCAGAUGGAAACAAGAUUAUAUGGACGAAAAAUUACACCAUUGAAAACUGGUUUAAGCGAUGAUCAUAGUAAACUAUGCAGCCUCAUGACUGAAAUUGGGGGACCAGUUAACAAAAUGGAACCAGAGCAGAUUAUAUUAAUAGCCAGAGCAGGCAGUCAUAUGUAUGGAUUGUCUACCCCUGAAUCUGAUGUAGACUAUGUUGUCAUUUAUGCAGAAUCAACUGAGACUGUUUUGUGUGCAUGUAAACCCUUCAAAGACAACUAUGAAAGUCGAGGACCAACCAAACCAUUUGAAUACGGAGCAUACGAGGCUCGUUUGUUCUGUGAAAUGUUAUUAAAAGGAAGCGUUGUUAUUGUGGAGUUAGUUUUCACUGAAAACCAUGAUUAUUGCAGUAAAUACUGGGAUAAUUUAUGUAAAGAGAAGGAGAAAUUUUUAACAGAAAGAACUAUUCAGCAGUAUUUAGGCUUGAUCCGUAACAAUUUUAACAUGCUUGACAGUGAAAAACACAAAGGGUGUCCGAAGGACAGAAAAUUAUUUUAUCAGAUAUUUCACAAGAUUAACUGUGUGGAACAAAUAAUGAAAGGAAAACUACCUCCUGUCAAGUGUGAAGGAGAAACUAGAGAAUUUAUAAUGAAAAUACGCAAAGAUCCUCUAGAGGGACCACUGUCUAGAGAAAACUUGUACAAGAUAGCAAAGGACAAAUUUGACAAACUUUUAGAUGACUUAGUGUUGAGAGAGAAAAGGCUGAAGGAAAAUAUGGAUUACAUCUAUAUGACUAAUUGGUUGCUCUCUGUUAGAGGGAUAUGUGAUUAAAUACAAUGUGCAAUAUUCUACUAUAUUUAUAAAUCUUUUUUUAAUAAAAUUUCUUGU